GAGACCCUUGUGUUCUCAAAAGUGCAAUUGCACUUUCGUGGAUAUUUAGCAUUUUCUAAAGCCUUCCUUUGUAAAGCAGCAAAAAACCGCCUAACAUCAGCGCUGUACUAGCACGUAGCACAAGAAAUACUUCACAUCGUGGUGGCGAGGGCAAAAGGUGUCCGCUUAUAUCAUCGUCGGAAACAGGGAAGGAGCGAGACACUUGGCAGACUGCGCAAAAGAACGGAACGCGUCAACAGUAACAGCAGAAAGUGAUGAAUGAAUGACACAGUAUUUAUUCGCCACGCCACUCGCUCGAGACGAGGCUGCGGCUCUUGUCUAUCUGAUGUUGCUCCCACUCAUUAUUAUUAUGAGGGGUUCGCCCGUUCAACAUCUGAAGAAUCCAGCAAGAUGGAAACUCGAGUCGAUUCGAUUCUACAGCAUCAAAGGCCUAUACGUAUCAAAUGAAUAAACCGCGGCAAUGCCAAAGGAUUGGGCAAGCAUAAAGGAAGAGCUGGAGCAGCUCUAUGUUACGGAAGGGCAAACGUUGGAGCAAGUUAGGGAAAUUUUGAUAUCGACUCGCGGAUUUGGCGCAAGCAUUCGCUCGUACCGAAUGAUGCUUCGUGAAUGGGGAAUCAAAAAAUACAAAUCAAAUAACAGAUGCCGCACCCGAGAUCCACAAUCGACUUCCUCUGUUGAACCGGAACUUGCUGAAGACGAUUUGAAAGAUGCGGAUUUCUUACUAUUGUUGAACAAUCAUCAAUCCCAUCCCCAUAGCUUUACGGAUCUACUCAUGAAUGAAUAUCCUACUCAGUCUUGUAUCUGGAACGAUUCAUCACAUAACACCAAUACGCCAACGUCAUCAUCCGAUCCUCAUAGCUCGUCUGAGAAACCCCAAUAUGGCUACUACAUCCCUUCGAAACCCCACAGUCCCGCGAGAGGUCGGGCCCCAGAAAUAUCUAUUCCUUCAAGGCCCAUGAAACUUUCGGAGCUACUUCCUUUAAUACAUACUUUAUAUCCUGCCGAACAUGUCUUCGAACCUUUGUUGCAGAAAUGGCAAUCGGAUGGGGAAUAUUUGGCCUGUGCCAUUUCUUGGUUGAAUAAUCCCAACCAUUGCAAAAACCUACUCGGUUCCUCUCUCACCGGCGGCAAUUAUUUCAAAUCUAUCGAUGAAAAUGUUCCUUUCCCAGAGCGCAUCACUUUGACCAAAGCGUUCCUCAAAGCUUCGAUUCUACACAACGUAUCGCCAUCACAGAGUAUCUGGAGUGUUAUUUGGGGUUAUACUAGAUACGUGGAUCAAUGGCAAACUGUAAAAGACAACCUUCUGGAUGCGUCAUCUGGAUUUAUCGCAGAGCCAGGCUCGGUUUUCCAUCUCUGUGCUCUUGCUGUCAUGGGCGAAGAACUACUGCAGGACUACAAGAAUAGACUCGAAUCAUUGAAGCCACUCACUAUCGCUAAAAUUGAUGAGGCAAAAUCUUUACAUAAACAAUACGUCGAUAUUUUGAAGGAUUUUCGCAAUCAAGAGGUCGAUGUUGAUCUAUCCUUUUACAAAUACUCGCUGGAGAUUUUUGAAUGGAAUGAAGCUCUAGCAGCUCAGGAGAGAAGCAAAAUUGAUCGACUAUUGGUAAAAUAUAGAAGGUUGGUGGGCUUAUGGACAGGGAAUUCACCAUCCUGGAUCGAUGGUAGUGUCGACAGAAUGAUAGAGAAUGCUGAGCGCAGAUGUCUAUCUGGAAAUGCUAUGUCGUCGCCCGGGCCGUCGUUUGCACCGGAAGUCGUUUAGUGGAUUUCAUGAAUUGGGACAAUCCAGUAUAUUGUGAGAAUCAAUCAAUCAGAAACCAUGCAUCAAUGGGCCGCAUGCAAAUGGGAAGAUAAAUCAUUAUCAAUUUUAUAUAUCAGAUAACAACCCAUGGAUUUCCCAUUAAGCACUGCUUAAUGAAUUCGAUGAAAAGAAGAACAGAAGGUUCGAAACAAGUUUCGAUCUAAGGGGGGAGGGCUUAAUGUCGUGCUAGUGGCCGUUCCUUCCUUUCUCAGGACAGAACACGGAAAUGAACAGAACCGUAGUUACUUUUCUUCUUUUGAGUCAGAGACGACUGUGAAUAAACUACUUCA